AUGGAUCCCCAGGCGGUUUCUGUCGUUGUUGGAUCCAGAACACGUACCAAUGUUCAGCAGUCCAAGUACGGCUGCUACACUUGCAAGAUUCGCCGGGUGAAAUGCGACGAGACAAAACCUAGCUGCUUGAAGUGUAGCAAAAGCAAGUCACCUCGACAAUGUGGAGGAUAUCCUGUCGGAGCACCCCCAGGGCCCGUGGCUUCGAUUCAGGACUUGGACAGACGAUGGGGCGGCCUCAUGGAUCCUGGCAAAGGCAUCAACCUUUAUGCUGCUGGCGAAAGAGAUCAUGAAAAAGAUCGCCUGCAGGCACUAGCUUGUACGGUGCUAGCCAAUGGCUUUGUUGGCACCAAAACAGCACCAGAGGCGGCUUUCUGGAGAUGCCUUCUACCUCAACUCACCUGGUCGAUUGCCAGCGUGAGGGAAGCAGCUUCGGCAUUUGGGGCUUCUUAUGAGCACCAAGUACUUAGGCGGCAAUGCAGAGUCUCCAAGUUGACCGUGUUGAAGCAGAUAUCAAGAACAGUGAGGAAGUUGCAGGAGGAAAUUGUUCGACUUCCGUACGGACCUCUGCCUGUCCUUGUAGCCUGCAUCUUGCUGGCAUCUGCCGAAACUAUUCAGCACCGGAACACUGAUGCUUUGUUGCAUCUGCGAGGUGCUUAUGCAGCCAUGUCAGCCAUGCAGGAUCUGCGAUCCGGCUGCGAUGUGGAACCUGGUUUCCAAGACGACAACACUUCAUACAUCCUUCGAAAACUGGACUUGCAGGUUACGACGUAUGCCCAGGGAAUGGCUCCUGAGCUUCCACUGUCAAAUGUGAACAACCCAAUGUGCGCUGCAAAUGAUGCCUUCACGAUGAACGCAGCCGACCGCCUCCUUUUUCGGACUUUGCAUCUUUGCUAUAGUUUCACUCCGCAGGCAAGCCUAUACAAGUACAAGCAGCACGAUCCAAGGCGUGAGUCUCUGAUUGCGGAACAAGGCGGCCACAUCGCCAAUUUGACCACGUGGAUGUCGUGGUAUCAAGAAGGUUACCAGAGUCUCGGCAAACCAGUCUCUGACAGUGAUCGGCUGCGCGGGUUGGUGCUUCAGGCACAUUGUCUCAGCGCGCUGAUAUAUGUGUCCACAAAGUUAGACCCAUAUGAGAUGGCAUACGACAAAUAUGCACAUCGAUUCCAACAGAUCGUCCAACUCGUCGAGGAAACCCUCGGGGCAAACAAGCACGACACCUACUUGCCUAUGUUCAGCCCAGAAAUGGGGGUGAUUCAGCCGCUUUUCUUCACAGCAAUGAAAUAUCGGGAGCCAAGAUGGCGUUCAAAAGCAAUCUCACUUCUGCGCACAUGUGGUCGUGAAGGUCCAUGGUGCAGCUAUGUCGAAGCCGCUGUUGCCGAGGCUGUGGUUCGGGCGGAAGAAGGGGUGCACUCGACAUCACUGAGGACUUCAACAGAUAUAGCUGGACUAUCUCACGAUAUUGCUGUUCAGGCCAUACCGGAAAAAGAUCGGAUCGCUGGAUGCAGUCUCUUAGAUAUUAUAGAAGGUGCAAACGGUUCGAAGAAGGCUGUGAUACAGUUGGCGAGGUGCAAAGAUAUGGAGUACCUGCUAGAGCGUAGUAGUGAUCCGUCUCCUCCAGAUGACAGUGCACACUGGCUCAUGUGGCACGAGGAAGUCGAUCUUGUAUUUAAUUGA